UCUGCGGUUUUUUUGACAAGUUUUGCCUGAAGUUGUGCUAGUUCAGUGUUCGGUCUACCUGGCGACGAACCUUUAUCUACGGAUAUUUAGCGCACUUCGAAGGCUAUAUAGGAGUAUAACGACUUCAAUUGACGUAUUUUUUUUACACGGUAGAGUGCUGGGGAGCAGAGCCAAUGAGGUGUGUGAAGACAGAAGAUUUUGUCCGGCGGAUUUCCACCUCAGCGGACGCCGGGGCCUUGCACGAUGAGCUGGAGGGUUUUCUGAGUAGCGGGGGCGGUCUUAACACUCGAGCGGUGUGUGACCGCAUCAUCCACGCCUGCUACCAGAAACUGGACGCAUCACUGGAGGCGGGGCUUGUGCAGAGACUGGUGCGAUUGGUGCAGCUGGCAGUGGGCGGAUACGAACAUGUUGCAGAGGCGCGGACAGGUGCACCUCUUUACCUGGAGAAGAUGUUGUUCCACAUUCUACAGAAGCUGAUGAAGAUGGGGAAGCAAGACUGUAGUGAGCUGACACUGGCACUGUUCCACCGGCUGAAGACCGCAGCACCACAGGUGGAGGAGUGCCAGGCGCUGGUGCAGAACUGUUUUGCGUUGCUGUGGAACGCUGCGGGGAGUGUGAAGGACACACCUGACCAGUCACACACACACACACUCCGCUUGAGGCUGGAGGCGCUGUGCUUCCGGCUGCUGCAGGAGAGUGUGUGUGCGCCAGCGCCGGGCGGCCCCUCCAAAGCGUGUGUGUAUGUGGAGGAGGCUCUGACCCAGUACCGACGCGCCUGCGGAAGCCUCACACACACACACGCCACCGCCAUGACGCGGCUGCUGCAGGAGUGUGUGCUGGGGCCUCUGUGGGGUGGGGAUGAGGGUGUGUGUGACCUCACUCUCAUGUGUGUGCUGACCAUCAAGGUGUGUAAAAUGCUGUGCGGGGCGAAGCUCUGGGAUUUGGCCAAUCAGCAAGUGGCUGAAGCCCAGAGGUGUGCCCGCGGUCGGGGGGAGGGGCUACGCCCAGCCUUGAAGCUCUGUGGUUGGUCAGUUCAGCUGCACCGCCUUUUGCGGUCCUCCGACUCAGACGGAUGCCACACCUACUCGGCAUGUACACAGCUGCUUAGCAACCUACCAGUCACCAUGGAAACCCACAGCCAGCCACUGAUGGAGGCGUGUCAGCUGGUUGUCUGGGCAACUGAGACUGGUCCCAGAGAUGGAAUGGAGGCGUCGACACUGCAGGCCUGUCUGGCCUUCCUGAAGCAGCAUCAACGAAACAUCCAGACGCUACAGACGAUUUCCGAGGCUGCAACCCUUCAGAACACUCUCUGCCAGAGCUUGUGCCAAGCCUUCAGCAGCACACACACUAGUCUGAAGAAAUCACAAGCACUUCAGGGAGAGUGUUUACAGCAGGUGGUUGAGCAGCUGAAGGAUUCCGUGGGUGAGCUCAUGCAGCAGCUGCAGAAACUGGCCAAUGAGAAUCUCCUUCAGCAUGCAGUGUCUACUGUGAAUGGGGUUGUGUUUGAGCUGUUUAACAGGAAGCUGCACCAGGAAGCUCUCUCGUUGAUCCAGCCUCUGUGUGAGCAGCUGGUCAAGUCCCGGCCCCAGUCACUGCCCACUGAGAGGGUGAACCACUGCUUCCUGCAGUCUGUUCAGAGUUUGAGGCGUGUCGGCGACCACCAGGGGGCGCUGCAGGCUGUGUCUCACUGGCUCCUCUGCCUCAGUGAGGAGGAGCUGCAGGACACAUGUGACCUCACACACACACACUCCCACACACACCCCAUCAAGCUGUGGGCCAAGAUCAAAGCAGACGCAGCCAAGAAUGGAGACGAGGAGCUGCGCCUGAGGUAA